GCGGCUCUCUGUGCCUCUGCAGGGCCACCGCCACUGACUGGCCUCCCCACGGGGUCCGGCGCCCGGAGCUGCACAGGGCAGUGGGCGGGCACUGAGGCUCGCCUCCUCCCUGCAGCCAAGGCCCCAGGCAUGGUAGAGGGCUUGGGGAGUGGGACCCCGGGUCCGAUGGGCACCUUAUCAGCUGGUGCCAGGCGGGGCCGCCCCAGGGCCGGGGCAGCAUCCCCAGCCUGUUAUCAGCCCAGAGUCCACAGGACGCUGCUCGGGUUAACGUGUAACCACACGCUGCCCUCACCCCAAAGCUGCGGCGCCCACAGACGGCCACCCAGGCGUCGCAGGCCAGCAUGGACUCCAGGAGAGAGCUCCGGAAGCCUGGCUUCCCAGCACAGCCCGCGUGCAAGUGGCUGAGCCUCUUUGUCGUGUCCUGCGCCAUCUACUUCCUGCUCUGGAUCCCCGAGAGCCAGCCGUCCUGCUUCAGUGCCGUGGUCAAGUGCCUGCCGGUGCUGAGCCUGGUGCUGUUCCUGCGGUCCCUGCCCUCCAGCCUCGGCUCCACCUCACUCCUGCAGGGGGCCCUCCUGUGCUCGGCCGUGGGGGACGCCUGCCUCAUCUGGCCUGACGCCUUCCUCUACGGUGUGGGUGCUUUCGCCGUGGCCCACCUGUUCUACAUCUGGAACUUUGGCUUCACGCCACUGAAGCUGUGCCUGCUGCUGCCCAUCGCUCUGGUGACUGUGCUCUACUUCAGCCUGCUGCUGCUGCAGCUGUCGCCCGACAUGGUGCUGCCCCUGGCCGGCUACGGGCUGAUCCUGGCCACCCUACUGUGGCGUGGCCUGGCCCUGGGUGGCAUUGCCGGCUGGGGCGCACUGCUCUUCACGUUCUCAGACUGCGUGCUGGCCUGGAGCACCUUCGUCCGGCCGCUGCCCCACUCCCGCCUGGUGGUCAUGAGCACCUACUAUGCCGCCCAGGCCCUCCUCGCCCUGACCGCCACCCAGGGCUCCCGGCUCAAGGCCAGCUGACUGGGGGCUGGACGCCUCACUUCCGGCCAGACUCGGGCCCUUCCACGGGGCCCCUGCCUCCCCCGGCCUCUGUGACCCCUCCCCUGCCUCCAUGUGUUUAAGAGUAAAGUGGGCAUUGGGAGGACGCGUCUCCGCGAGUGGGCUGGGGGCCGCCCACUGUCCGUGUCCCCGCUGUCUUCCCAGCGGCACUCGGCAGGUUCGCCACGUCUGGGCCCACAG